CCUUUGUUCUUCACAAAACAUCUGUAAAUUAAAAGCAAUAGAAAUUUGUCUGCCGUUUCUGUUUACUUGUUAAAAUAGUUGCAUCUUGUAACAAAAAUGCUGCGCAGCUUGUGCAGUCGAUUAGAGCCGCAAAGCUUAAUAUGUGCCGUCACGCGGGGCAUGUCUGCUUACUCGCCACAUUAUAUUGAAGCAAUAUUCUCGAAAAAGAAGCAACUCAAUCUCAAAGAGACCGAUGAGUACAUCAAGCUCUCACAUUUACCAAUCAAAGCGGCUAAAAAUGAUGAUUCCGAAUCCAUAUUCUAUAAUGAAUUGGUAAACAAAAUGGUAAAUUAUAUAACUAAGGGUGGCAAUAAAAAAUUAGCCAGGGAAUUGCUGACCAAAUCUUUUGAAUGCAUGAAACGCGUACAAAUUGAACGUAUGAACUUGAAUCCCGAAUCAAAGGAUACCAUAAUAGCUGAUCCCGAACAGUUGUUAAUCAAAGCAAUUGAAAAUAGUCGACCACUCUUACAGUUGACCGCAAUCAAGCGUGGUGGUGUAAAAUAUCAAGUACCCAUACCGGUGACAGAGAAACGUUCAUAUUUUCUUGCUAUGAAAUGGUUGCUGGAAGCCGCUAGGGAAAAGGAACGUAAAGUACAUUUGCCAGAAAAGUUGGCAUGGGAAGUAUUAGACGCCGCUUACAACCAAGGCAGAGUUGUGAAAAGGAAGAAUGACUUACAUCGACAAUGCGAAAGCAAUCGGGCUUAUGCUCAUUACAGAUGGAGCUAAAAAGUAGUUUAUUUGUGUUAGCUAUAAAUAUGAAUAUCUUUUAUCUUGUUAAACAAUGAAAGAAUAAAAAAUUUACGUAAAUUUGAA